GCACGCGGUACCCUGAGAUCCCCUAAACCAUUGAUACGCUUCAGAGCAGAAGAGGAGGGGGCUGUGUGUCCUGCAAUCCUGUACACUGAACUCUCAACAAGUGCGCUGGAUUGAGAAGGACUUGCUUUGUUUCCAAGCUAUGAAACCGCUGCUUCUCUGAACCCCAGCAGAGGAAGGACAGCCUGCAUGUUUCACUAAACACAAUGAUCACCCUGCAGCUGCGCUGGACUCACAAAGACUUGCUUUGUCUCCAAGCUAUUAAACAGCUGCUAGUCAUACAAGUUUGGCUGCAUGUCUGUGUUGCAGUUACAGUGCCCCGGUCUCCAGUGACGUCACCUCCUGGCAGUGAUGUCACUCUCGACUGCUCUUUCUCCUAUAAAGCGGGGGCUGAUCUCACCAGAGUGGUGGUUACCUGGCAACGUCAUGACUAUCGGGUGGUCCACAGUUUCUAUUACGGUCAGGACCAGCUGGCUCUGCAGAAUGAAACCUACAGGAGUCGGACCCAGCUGUUCCCAGAGCAGCUCAGUGUGGGGAACGCCUCCCUCAGACUGAAGCAGGUGCGGGGGGAGGAUGAGGGCUGGUACACCUGCGCUGUCACCAACCAAGUGGAGAGCACCAAGGGAGACGUGCGGCUCAUAGUGGCAGCUGAAUUCAGCGAGCCUCAGCUGGUCAUUACUGCCAGUCCGGACAGUCCAGACAAGGCUCUCCUGAGCUGCAUCUCCACAGGAUACCCCAGCGCUUCAGUGCAGUGGCUGAAUGAGACAGGAUGUGACAUCACAGAGAGCAGCAAGACUAGCCAAUCCCUGGACAGGGAUGGGCUGGUGGAAAUCACAAGUCACAUUUUAGUGUCCAGGGGUGCUAAUUAUACCUGUGUUCUUACCCACAGCCGACUGAAACAAACCCUCAUGAAGACGAUCACCUUAACAAAGAAGGAUUUUUCAUCCAGAAGUAGCAUUGUGUGGGUGGUGUCGUCUUUGUUGACAGUGGUAUUGGUAACAUUAAUAACCAUUGCAAUCUACCUGCUUUUCAAGCACCGCCGUGGUACCGGCACACCAACAGAUACAGAAGAACAUCACCUGUCCUAUUGAAUUGGUUCCAUCACACAUGUACAAAUAUCACAUUUGACUUUAUGAUUUGGUUAAAAAUUGCAUUUUGUCCUCUAAUUCGGCUUCACUGUUCUUUGCAUAAUUUGGUUUAAUUUGGCUUUUUUUAUUAUUAUUAUUUGUUUAUUUAGCAGACGCCUUUAUCCAAGGCGACUUACAGAGACUAGGGUGUGUGAACUACGCAUCAGCUGCAGAGUCACUUACAACCUAUGUCUCACCGAAAUAUGGAGCACAAGGAGUUUAAGUGACUUGCUCAGGGUCACACAGUGAGUCAGUGGUUGAGGUGGGAUUUGAACCGGGGACCUCCUGGUUACAAGCCCUUUUCUUUAACCACUGGACCACAUUGGUUUUGGCUAUUAAUCAAACUCGAUCUUAUAAUUGACUGUAUUCUUUAUUUUUCUCGAAUUUGAUCAUUGUUUUUUCAUAACUGCUCAUUUGUAUUAUGAUAUUCUGUACUGCGACAUUUUAUAAUGUGAUGACUUGUAACGUGAUAUGAUAUAAUGCGAUACGUUGUAUUGUGAUAUUUUGUAACAAUUGCAUCGCCUUAGGAUACUUUUUUUUAAAUUGUUGAUACAAAGUAUCUAUGGAGAAAAAAUUUGGUCCAAUUGAUUCCUUUUGUCCACUAAUACAGAUUGAUAGUCUGUAUAAUCAGGACUGCCCAGUCCCUGACCACAUUCCAUCGCCUCCUCAAGACUCACCUCUUCAGACAGCACCUGUAGAACUCCUCUGUUUUUCCCCUGGGACACUUAUCACCCUUCCUUAAAUGUGCCUUACUUGCUCUUAUCUGCCCCCUAUUUUACUACAUUUAAUCCUGUACUUCAGAGUACUGCAAUCUGCCAAGUGUUUAAUCUGUAGUAUUUUGUAGUUAAUUAUACCCUGAUAUAACUAUUACUGUCACUGUUAUCUGCUGUAUUAUUGAAUUGUAUUUUGUCACACUUGUACUUGCUUGAACCAAAGUCAUUGUAUUCAUCAUUGUAUUUAUCUUGCUCUUAAUUGUAUUUUUGUUUACGACUGUAAGUCGCCCUGGAUAAGGGUGUCUGCUAAGAAAUAAAUAAAUAAAUAAAUAAAUAAAUAUAAUCUA